UUUGUUUCGGUGCAUCCCUACAGUGAAGUAACCCUUCACAUUUCUGUGGCUUAUAGGUAAUGAGCUGAAAAUGGAGGUAAUCGAAAUGCAUUUGAAUUGCAGUUAAUUAUUUCUCAUAGACAACACUGUAAAAAUUAUAUUGAAAGAAAAAUAACAGUGAUUAAACAAGGCUUAUAGAAAUGGAUUUAAACUUGGGCCAAGCCAUUGCCAGCUGAGUACAUUUUACUUUUAUCUCAUCCAUACCCUUAUUUGUGUGGUUCAUAGUGGUUCUGACUUUGUUAUCAUUGAUAAGUGAUAGUUAGCAUAGUCAGUGUGCUACCUGCAGGAGAUUCAGAAUCUUUGCUGUUUGUGCUCAUCAGUGAAUAAUUUUUUUCCUUCUGUUUUUCUGCACUGCUGUUAAAGGCCACCAAGGUGGAAUUGUCUAAUGCGAUGGACUUAUCCUGCCACACCGGAUCUGGCAAAGAUCACCAGUCCUCAUCGUCCACUCACCCUGAGGUGCUCCCUGAGGAAGUGAAACCUUCAAAGGAACCCUCGACUAAAGUUGGCAAAGAAGAAAGAAGGAAAGCUGUGACUACACGAAGACAUGAUGAUGGUGCUGAGGAUGGAGCUCUGCCACAUCCGUCCCCCACAAGUUCUCGUCCCCCACAAGUUCUUUUGCACCGAAAGAAAGCACAAAGACAUGAUGAUGAUGGGAGUGAUGGUGAUGAUGAGAGUGAUGGUGAUGAGGAUGUAGCUCUGCCACAUCUGUCCCCCACAAGUUCUCGUGUUCAGCGCCGAAAGAAAGCACAAAGACAUGAUGAUGAUGAUGGGAGUGAUGGUGAUGAUGAGAGUGAUGGUGAUGAGGAUGUAGCUCUGCCACAUCCGUCCCCCACAAGUUCUCGUGUUCAGCGCCGAAAGAAAGCACAAAGACAUGAUGAUGAUGAUGGGAGUGAUGGUGAUGAUGAGAGUGAUGGUGAUGAGGAUGGAGCUCUGCCACAUCCGUCCCCCACAAGUUCUCGUGUUCAGCGCCUAAAGCAAGCACGAAGACAUGAUGAUGAUGAGGAUGGAAACGAGCAACCCACAAACACCACAAGACAGAAGAGGGUAAAGAAAAUUGCAGCUAAACGAAAGUACCAUGUUGAUGCUGAUGCUGCUGAUGAUGAUGAUGGAGAGAGGCAAAACAUCUCAUCCAGAAGACCAACUGUUAAGAGACUUAAGAAGAUUGCAAAUAAAACACAACACAAUGAUGACGAUGUUCCAAAGGUGCGAACAAGGCGACGCUGGUCUGUUGAGGAGAGGACUGCAGUCCAGCGAAGGAUGGCACAGUUUAUUGCUCUCAGGAAAGUACCAGCAAAGAAUGACUGCCUGCUCUGCAUCGAGAAAGAGUCUCCAGUGCUUAGCACCAGAACAUGGAAGGAUGUUAAAUACUGUGUCUAUAACGAAAUUCUUAAAGUGGAGAAAAUGCUGGGGGUCUAUGACUCAUGUUUCUCUAGUGUUUAGAGAUUUGAUGCAGAUCUGUUCUUCGAGAUCCAGUCUGCUGGCUACAAGCUGCCAGUGUUCAAAUUUUGUAUUGAGUUGGCGGUAAUAAGUACCGUGUUUCUGUUGAACAAUAUACCAACAAGUUGUUGGUAUAGUUGUUGAGUUUUUCAUUGCAAUUUUUUGCAAUAAAAUUAACAGUUAUGUGCUUGCUUACACUAGCUGUGUUUCUGUCUUUGACAAAUAAUCUUCAAUUUUCUUUUUCAUAAAUAUUCAGCAGUCAAAUAUCGAAAAGACACCCUGUUGAAUUUGCCUCCUUACAUAAUAAAUUUAUGAAUAAUAAAAAUGGCUAUUCAGAAUUGCAAAGUCUAAAAUUAAACAUUUACUAAAUAAGGUUAAAAUGUGUAAAAGAUAGUAUCAUAGUAUGCAAUUAUGCUAAACUUGGCCUCA